AUGAUUCCAGUCCGUCCAGCCAAACGGUUUCAGUCAGCUGCUCACAUUAAGCCUGAUCGGCCGAGAAAAGGUCUUUUAAAAGGUCAAUUUUUAUUUGCACCUGACAUCUCUAUACCAGAAAAUGAUGUUCUGCCAACACCUGAAACGGACAAUGAAAAAUCUUUGACUUUAGCAAAAAAACUUUUAAAUGAAGAAAUCCUAGCAAAUUUACGUCGAAGUAAACGAAUAGGUAUAACUAAAUACAAAUCUGCAACAUCAUUCGAUUCAUUUGUUGAAAGUCAAUGUGAAGAUGGUAUAGAAACACGUGAUACUGGGACAAUAAAAGGACGUGGAGUAUUUACAACUAAGAAAUUUUAUCGUAAUGAUUAUAUAGUUGAAUAUGCUGGUGAAUUAUUAACACAAGUUGAAGCGAGACAUCGAGAAUCUUUAUAUGGGCGAAAUCAUAAAAUUGGUUGUUAUAUGUAUUAUUUUAAAUGGGGAGAAAAAGUUUUUUGUGUUGAUGCAACCGAAGAAACCGGUCGAUUAGGUCGUCUUAUAAAUCACAGUCGAAAAAAUAGCAACUGCCAACCAAAAGUAUUCGUAAUACGAGAUCAACCUCGUCUUGUCAUGGUUGCUCUACGUGACAUUGACAUCGAUGAAGAACUUUUUUAUGAUUAUGGUGAACGUCGCAAAGAAAUCAUUGAAGCUUUUCCAUGGCUCAAUGAGUAG